CGUCGUGAUGCGCGUUGCAACGCCGCCGUUCGGUAGAUACGCCGCAUUCGCGUAAUUAUCACAAAAAGUAAAUUUUCUUCACUCAAAAAUAAAAAAUAAAAAUAUGUCUGCAAUCAAAGUCUUAAACAAAUCAAAAUAUUCCGAUAAAUUUCCAAACAAAUAAAAGUUGUAAACAAUCGGGACGAUUCAAUCGAGUGUUUCUGACUGUUCGAGUUGAAAAUUUUUAAAACUGAACAUAAAUGUAAAGAAAAUGUUAUGAGAUGAUGAAGUCAACAAUCCUGCAUCCCUAUGAACACGUGACAAUUCUGCGAGGAUGUCGCCUCAUGAACGCCCGCCAUGCCGCCCUCACGUCGGCAAUUUAUACGCUGAAUAUUUCGAUACUGGUGGUACUUCUAUACAGUUGGCGUAUUGGUGUGAAUAUUAAAAAGUACGCAAGUUUAGAAGAUGUUUAUUAUGGAGUGCAAAUUGCCUACUUUGCCAUAAUCGGUACGCAGCUUUUUAUGAUCGUGCUGAGCGCGCUUCUAUUGAUUGGCAUUUACAAGGAGAAUUCGUCGCUGAUCAUACCAUGGAUCAUCGGCUUCAUCACGUUCAUGUCGUUGGAAGCUGUCGCGAUGGUCUACUCCAAUGUGCUGCGUGAUCACGUCAAUAAACAAUUCGACACUUUUUGUAAAGCCGAAGUUGCCUUCUUCAUAUCACGAACACUAAUUAAUAUAGUGGCGAUAGGUGGCGUAAUGCGAUACUGGAACCUACUACGCGCCGGAAUCACCUGGAAAGGACCAGAAGUAAUCGAGCUAUGAUCGAGGAACAACGCCCGGUAUGUAAGCCUCAAGUCGUCCUUGGCACGGUAUGUACCCCACAGCAUGACCCGCCGCCAUCACCGCAAGCCACACACGGCCCACCAUCGCGGUUGCCGUUGGAAUAUCGACAUGGGCACACUGGAGGAAACCGAAGAAGAUGAGCUAGCCUAUGAGGAAGACGACGAUGAUGACGAUGAUGAGUUGGCCGACGAUAGCAACUGCUCCCUGUUGGUGGCGGCACCUUCGUCGCCCACCUCUCUUACCAGUUGCAGCGGCAGUGAGUGCUCCACUGACUUCGUCUGACAACAGAGUGAGGAUGCACGCAGUCGCGCAAGGGGAUGAAAACUCCUUCGCUGCGUUUAAACAAAUAACAAACGCAGAACAAAAGAAUGAAGUAAGUGUGUAAGGGAAGUAAGGGGGAAAGAGGAAAAGAGGAAACACUUGUUACGAAGUGCACGCUUUUGAGGACUUUGAAGUUGUUGGUGGAAAGUUUAGACGCCAGCGCGCAAAGUAUAAUGUUGUUGUAUAAAGUGUAAAAUUAGAUGUUGUUAGCUUUUAUGUUUGUUGUUAUCGCUAGCGAGAAUCGUGCCAAAAUGCCAAUGUUUAUUUUUAUGCAGAAUCUAAGAAUUAACUAAGCAGAUAAAUCAUGUAAUUAAUGUAAAUAAGUAAGGAGGAUUAAGCUACACACGAACAAAUUGUGAUUCAGCUUGGAAAUAUCCGUAAAAUUAUUGAGAAUCAAAAAAAUAUAUAAAGAAUAUUGUAUACUGAAGUUUGGAAGAUGACAUUUGAGGUUAUGCUCAUUAUAUACAUGCUAUUUUUGCUAAUUUAACUUAAUUCUUACAAAAUUUACAUGAGCAAAUAGAAAAACAAUAAUAUAUUAAGUAUCAAGUGACUAAACGCGAGUUUUUGUCAUGAGAUUGAUUAUGAGUGAGUAUAGCAAGCGUUUAAUCAAUCGAGUGUAUAACUAACGUUUAGUCACGUGAUGCUUACGCUAUUUUUUCUACUUCCACUUUAGUUCCACGUUUAGUUUGUGUAUUUCAACUUUUUAUUUUAAAUCUUCGAAAUUCGUUGGCAGAUUACCGAGAAAUGUAAGGUUAUAAAUACGCAAGCUCCACCCCGUAACUAAAAUCCGUGACUAAAGUACUUUAGUUAUACCUAUGGUCUUUUAUGUUUAAAAUACCACUUUUUGUGUCUAAAAACCGUUGAAAAACUACCGUUAUAAAAGUGGAAGUAGACAAAUUUAUUUGUUUAUUUAUUUAUUUACCAAUAAACUGCAAUAGAAAGCAAUGGAAUGAAAACAAAAAUAAAAAAAGAAAUUGUGUAAAACGUAUUCGAUAUCUGUGAUGUUACCUAACGUAAAUAGGCUUAAUAAAUAUGAAAUUUAUUUUCCGCGCUUUGAAAAAUAACAUCAAUCAGGUACAAGCUAGUCAAAUAUCAAUAAAACAAUUUUAUUUGAAUGAAAACAUAAAUACAAAAGUAAUAAAUAAACUAAACUAAUUUCAUUUUGAUAGAUUUAUUCAAUUUUUUGAUUAAAUUGUUUGUAGCUACAUAUUUCUACGAUAAAUAUCAAAGUACUUGUAAUUUAGUUAAACAAAUAUCUAUCCAAAUAAUUUUAGGCAUCUAAAUUGUAAAAUAUCAGACAUAAACAAAUAAUAUAUAAAUCUAUAUAAGCAUAAAAUGUGAAUAAAGUUUAUAAGGAAACAA